GGAAGAACAAGGAAAAAAUCGAUGAGAAGGAACUGCUUGACUCAAGGGGAUCGGAUAUAUCAACUGAUGUCCACGGGAUUCAGAAUGAUGGAUCUACGGGACAUGAUUUGAGAGCAUUUAGCUACGAAUCUGUCAAGGCUGCCACAGACUUCUUCUCCGAAGAAAACAAGCUAGGAGAGGGGGGUUUUGGACCUGUUUAUAAGGGAACAUUGUCAUCAGGGCGAGAAGUAGCUAUAAAGAGCCUUGCAAGAGGUUCGCUGCAGGGGACAUUGGAGUUUAAAAAUGAAUUGGAACUCAUAUCUGAACUCCAACAUACUAACCUUGUUCAGCUCUUGGGAUAUUGCAUUCAUGGUGCAGAAAGGAUGUUAAUAUAUGAGUAUCUGCCAAACAAAAGUUUAGACUACAUAUUAUUUGAUUCCGAAGGCAUUCUACUAGAUUGGAAAACGCGCUUCAAUAUAAUUGAAGGAAUCGCUCAAGGAUUGCUUUACUUGCACAAAUUCUCAAGAUUAAAAGUGAUUCAUAGAGAUCUUAAAGCUAGUAACAUUCUACUUGAUCAAGAUAUGAAUCCCAAAAUUUCUGAUUUUGGUUUGGCAAGGAUUUUCCACAGUGAAGGUCAAGCAAAUACUAAUCGAAUUGUGGGGACAUAUGGUUACAUGUCUCCUGAGUAUGCCAUGCACGGAAUUUUCUCUGGAAAGACUGAUGUCUUUAGUUUUGGAGUGUUAAUGCUUGAAAUCAUAAGUGGAAGGACAAACAACAGCUUCCAUCAUCGCGCGAUCACUUUAGUAGGAUAUUCAUGGGAGUUAUGGAAAGAAGGUAAAGGACUAGAUGUAAUGGACCCAAGGCUAAGCGAUUCAUGUAAUAGAGAUCAACUGCUAAGAUGCAUGCAUGUUGGUCUAUUAUGCGUGGAAGAAGAUGUAGGACACCGGCCAACCAUGCAAGAUUGCAUAUCAAUGUUGACGAAUGAAAGUUUUCCAUUACCUGCACCAACAAAACCAGCAUGUGUUCCAGUAAGCUGGCCUGAAGGUGAUGAAAGUGAAAGCAAAUCAGUAUAUUCAUGA